AUGAGCAACCAACCAUGGCUUGACAGUCUGUCAGACGACUGGCCAUCUCCAGGUUCGCCAAUCAGUCCAAUACCUGUUUUGCCUGUGGCAGAUUCGCCCAAAAUCAGUCAGCAGGGAACCCCCAGUCGCAUUCCUGUGCCUGCGCGGCGUUCCUUAGAACAACAAUCGCCGGGAAGUAACAAAAAAGACAAAGUUACCCGACCAUGCCAUUUCCAUAGAAGAGAACCUCCGACCCCCAAGACUCCCCGAACACCCAAAACACGCAAACCACGAUCGCCUUACCCGAAUGAUUCGAAAUCCAGUACUCCAAAGACCAACCCAAGAAUCUCUUCGAACGGAAGUCCCAAGGUCAACCCUAAGCCCACCCCCGGUGCGGCACGCAGACAGUCCGCAAUGGAUACGCGCUCCCCUCUACGAUCAGUGUCGAACGUCUCUAAAGCAUCCACACAAUCCGACUUGGAUGGUACGGUUCAGAUCAAAACGAAGGGCAAGGACACAAAGGAGGGUACACCAGAAUGGCGGAGGCGACUAGUGCGCGGGGAAAUCGCGGCUGGGGAGCAACGGGACCUGUUCGCGCCGAUGGGAUUGGAAAGCGUGUUCAAGCCGCCUACACCUGGUGCUGCAACGGCGCAUCCAGAAUCUACCCCAUUUACGAAGCAGGAUGAUCUUCUGUGGGAUUUCGCCGACACACCUUCGCUACAGGAUAACGAAGAGCAAAACAGUCGCGACAAUGACCUCGAACACGUCGUGAAUGAGGACGAAAGGGACAAUGGUGAUCGAUCACCGGAAGGAACCGUCAAUCGCGCUCCUUGGGAGAAUAAUGGAAACCUAGACGUGGAUUGGGACCAGGAAGGGUUCUCACAGGGCAAUACACAGCUUCGGACAGCUAGUGGGUUAGAGGACCUGCGCAACGAGGGAAUCACACCCAUAACCUUCUCCCGGAACAACACUGUUGAUGGCAAUGGGACUUCAGAAGUCAUCAAAUCCGCGCUGAAACAAGUCACCAACAAGUUGGAAGGCCUGUCUAUCAAGAAUGAAAGUCGCCCGGACUCCCCUGCGAGCGAUAGCUUCCUCUUCUACAACAAUAGUGAUCCCCACGCGGAUGGAACUCCACGAGAUGACAGCUUGCUGGACGUGACCAGUCAUUCUCUACCCCAAGAUCUGUCUAUGGGGACAAUGGAUUUCAACAGUCGACGAGAAAACCGCUCCUUCCCUCGCCGAUUCUCUCCUUCGCCCUUUCCCUCACACCGUUUGUCCCCCACAACCCUCGCCAAUUCUAAAAUCCGAAGUUCUCCCUUGUUCAAUCCCCCUCAAGACACCGCGUCCCCUGGGCUACCGCGUCCUUCUUCAUCUCAUGUUCGGCCAUCCACGGCUGGAGCAGAAAACGAGGCUAAAAUGCAGUCAUCAGGAAGCCCCUUGAAACUGUUCGGUGCCCACGACACAUUCACCAAUAACAGACUUCUCCGGCGCAUGAGCCAAUUUGAAGACAAUUUCAGCGACACGUCAGAAGGAGAGGAACCCCCUUCGCCCUCAGAAGAAGCGCGAAGAAAAGGAGAAAAUCGCAGCUUCUUAAAUUCAAGACAUGAACCAUUGCAGGAGAUCUCGCCUAGGCGAAACGAACGUCUUGGAUCGCGUAAUGCUGUACAUCGAAUCAGCCAAUUUGGGGGUGGCGAGUUGGAUAAAUUUGAUUUCUCAGACACCAGCCCUUAUGAGCACAAAUUGGUGUACGACGAGGCUAGAGGUUUUGGCUCGCGCCCGUCUUCGCGCAAGCGAUCAUCAACCCGGCAAAAAUAUCUUCGUGGUCCCUCGCAGCAAGGGUUGUAUCAUUACAGCAGAUCAGCGAGCUCCGGGUUCACCAGGAAACCAUCUGCCUGGAUGCGCCAGGAUUUCUUUGAUGAUGUCCAGCACGGGACUCGUUCGAACAAUAAGGAAAAUAUGGCCCCUGAGGUUAAGCGAGUACCCCGGGCCCCUGGCAUGGACCCCACCCCCAAACGGCGCCGAACAAUUAUGAGAAACAACAGCGCUGAGCCCUAUCAAAAUACCAAUGGCGCUUCGCCUCAGAAGUAUGGUGACAGCAUGUCACUCUUGCAACGAAGUCUUAUGCAACAUGGCGUGCAGCUUGAAAACAGUGACUAUCUCGCUCCGCCGGGUCUUUCUCAAUCAAGGCAGCGACCUCGAACACCCACACCAAGUCAAAUACGAACAGACGGGGAAAGCCAGUAUAAUAUUGCACCACACAGGGAUUUCUCCGAAUCCAAUUUCGAGAAUAACGAUUAUUCUGAUUCCUUUUCCCUUGAUGGUGACGUUCCACUAGUGAAGAUUACUGGUACCAGUGAUACCUCCCGAAAAGGAUCUAUCACCACUCAGGAUUAUUUGAAUGAGGCCACCAAGAUCAUGGAUCUCAUAAGAUCCAAAGGACGAGGUGCAGCUGGAUUGACAAGCGUACAUGAAUCUGACGUGGAAAGUGAAGGCGACGAUUUCAGCGACGAUGAAUCCACUCGGGAGGCUUUUUCUCGCCCUCCGAGCCGCGAUGGUACAGAUCUUCGCAGAUUGAGGGAAGUGAAAGAGGUGAACCCACUGAUCUUGAGUCACCUGAAAAAAUAUCAGGAGAAAGAUGACCCGAAUGACCGGGAAAUGUCCCUGCAUGCUCCUCAUGGCCAAGACGAGGGCCAAACCGAGCUCGGUGAAUCCAACUCACAGAAUAUUCGAAUUCAUGGACCGAGGAAGCGAAAGACCAGUGGCAUGACCGAUGACACGGCAGAAAACAUCGCCCAGGAUCUGAUGACUAUCAACACACAAAUGUCUGGCUUCAGCGUUACCUCCGUACCUACAGGCUCUUCACAAAGCUCUCAAGUCAAGGGUAUGUUGGCUUCUGACCUUGUCGCCCAUCUCAUCCCGGAAGAGGUCAACGGCUUCAAAUACGAUCGCUCUAAGAAUCAAUGGGUGAAAGAUGAGGCGGAAGAACCACAGGCGCCAAUCUCCGAACCCCCCGAGGAGACUGAGGAUCCGUUCAGGGAUAUCCCGGAUCUUAGCGUAGAUGAGCUCCAGGAGAUGAUGCGAGUGCAUGGCCUCAGUUCGCCCACAAAGAGCGACGCCCCGGCAGAUCGAGAGCAAGUUAAGCCCCGCAGUCCUUCGGUUGCGAACAGAUCCCGGAAAAAACCCAAUGUUCGACCACAUACGAGGGACGGAGAACCAUCCCUCGGUGCAAGCUCAGUCCAAUCGAGACUCACUCGCUUCACGUCUAGUGUUCCUAACACUGGCACCAGAGCUACAUCCUGGGGCACGGACGAGGCCGCAGAAAGGCAAAUCUCCGAACAAAGAAUACUUGAAGCCAAACGUGAGGAGCCGUUGACUUCAAAGACCCCCGGAUCUUUAGAAAAACAAGCUCGUGUCGCGACUGUCAGGCUCUCCUCCCCCAAUGUUUCACACUCCUCUUCUCGCGGUGAGUCUGAUAACGCUCAGUCCGACCCGAAUGGGAACCAUACCUACCAUGGGACUCCUCCCGACGGAGAUAAGGCCCCAGUAGACCACGAAAAUGGCCCAACACGGUCCUCCGUUCCUCCAACGGGGCGUCAAACUUCAGUCGGUGGACAGCCAUUCAUUCGACGUCCCAUCUCGAGGAUUGAGGAGAGGAACGAGGAGACGGUGGAUGAACAAAGUCUCGUCCGCAGGAACGACUCACUCCAGGUUAAAGAAACGCCUGGUAGAAUCGAGAGAGAGAAUUCUUUGAUACCUCUUCAGAGUGCCGGUCGCGAUACGACUUACAGCUUCCACCUCAGUCCACUUGCGGACUUCACCGUCAACCAAGGCGAUAAACCCCUGAACCUUGAAAUGAGCUAUGUGGCUCAACGUACAAACCCCUCCUCUUUGCGACAAGUUCACGGGACCUUCGCAUUGGCAACUGAAGAUUUGAUCAAGCAUAUCACUGACGUGGAACCAUAUGAGCCUUACUGGGAACAUGUGCGUCGCCUUGUCUUACGCCAGAAAGGACUGAUCACGCUGCACAAAUUACAUGAGUUCUGCCCCCGACUGGAGGAGUUGGAUGUUUCUGAAAAUGACAUUGGUCAAUUGAGUGGCGUUCCCACAACCCUGAGAACCCUCAAAAUUUCUAGAAACUGCCUCUCUAACCUUACUCCCUGGAGUCAUAUGAUUAACUUGCAGUAUUUGGACGUCUCAGGAAAUGAUAUAGAGACGUUGGAUGGCUUCGCAAGCUUGAUUCAUCUCAGGGAAUUGAAGGCCAAUGACAAUCAAAUCCGUAACAUAGACGGAAUUCUUGACCUGAAUGGCCUGCUAAGCCUGAAGCUCAGCAACAACUCUAUCACUGCGGUGGAUUUUGCAGGGUCCGAGUUAACACGUCUUCGUGAUCUUGACUUGAGCCACAACUGUCUGACAUCUGUUCGGAAUGUCGAAUGGCUUCCGUCACUUGCCACUCUUGAUGUCAGCGCCAACCAAAUCAGCCGUUUUGACUCCUCUGCUUCCCUUAUCAGCCUUCGCGCUCUGAAACUCUCCGAAAAUAAAUUAGAGACUUUAGAUGCGCGGGCUUUUCCUUCUGCGAGCCUUCUCUACCUUGAUCAAAACCAUCUUUCUACCGUUACUGGUCUUGAAGUUUGUCAGAAUCUCGAGGUACUGUCUCUCCGAGAGCAGACACCGUCCAACGCAAAGGACCUUGAACACAGCCUGGAUAUCGAUCUGGGCCUGGUCAAGGACAUUCGCAAAGUCUUCUUAUCCUCAAACAAGCUUUCCCACCAGAGUGUCUGCCCUUCUGCUCCACUACUACGACUUCAACUUCUUGAUCUAGCUGCGUGUACAUUGAAAAGUCUCCCGAAUGAUUUUGCUCUGAGCUUCCCUAAUCUCAAGGUGCUGAAUCUGAAUUUCAAUUCAGUUGAUGAUGUUGAGCCACUGGUUGGAAUGAACUGUCUUGCCAGACUGAUGAUUGUCGGAAACCGUCUCUCGAGAAUGAGAAGGGUCUGUCAAAUUCUCAGCCGACUAGGGAAAUCUGGAAAAGGAUCUGCGUGCUCAUUACGCAAACUUGAUCUCCGUGGGAACCCGUUGACUAUUGGCUUUUACCCUCCGGCGGUUACUGGAAAUGGAAAUGCCGAUCGCAGGAGAUUGAAAUCUCAUGAACAAGCUGUCGUCCGACAUCAAGGAGCCCAUCGGGACCUUUCCGAAGCUCUGGCUGAGCUCGGAAACGAUGACCAGAUCUCUCACCGCGCCACCAUGGGCGAUGAGUCAAAGACAGACAGAGACAUCGAAGUCAAUGACCCAUACACAGUUCCGCUCGCCGACCCGCAAGCGGACGUGAAGUACAUAAGGCACCUCGAUCAAGCCACACGUCUACGCCGAAGAGUGCUAGAGCUCUUGCUCUACGCUGGUACAAGCGGCUCUCUCCAUAUCCUCGACGGACUAGACCUUCGGCCGUCACUGGGCGACGAGUCCUCCGAUAUGAACAAAGCCUGGGACAGACUGGAGCAUCUUGGUGUAUUGCGGAGGAAGGCGAUCAAAAACUAG